ACCGGGCUGGAUACCACGGCAGCGCUGGGAGCGACCGCACGCGCUGGGCAUUCACGCGACUUCACAAUUCAAGAUCGAGAUGGGGCCUCUGCUGAUGGCCGUGAUCGGGGCGCUGCUGUCGCACGGCGGCGCGCUCGCCCGACCACAGACUGAAAAAGACGCGUUCCUCGGCUCCCUGCUCGGCGACACCAGCACCAGUCCCGAGGACAACGACCAGUUCAACGCCGGCCUACUCGGAGACACCAGCACCAGUCCUGAGGACGAUGACCAGUUCAUCACCGGACUAUUCGGAGACACUAGCACCAGUCCUGAGAACGACGCCCAGUUCAUCGCCGACCUACUCGGCAGCGUCACCGAACCGCCGUGCGCCAACGUCGCCGGCCUGGACGACACGGAUUUUUUGUCGACUCUGACAGGCGACUGCACAGGCUCCACGCCACCACCGGAUGUGGUGCGCUGCGAGCGCGGGCAACACGUCUGCGCACCCUACUUCCGCUGCGACGAGGCGGACAUCGUCAGCGAUGGAUUUGGUGGAUUCGACGUGCGCAUCGGCAAGCAGCAGUUUGAGCGCGACUUUGACUUCAUCACGCACUCGGAGUGCCCUCGAUUCGGCGAUGUCUGCUGCACGCAGCCGAAACGGCCAGAGGACCUAAAAGAUCCCGAGCCUUACGUACCGCAGUGCGGCCGCCGCAACCAACUCGGCAUCAACGCACGCAUCGUCGGCUUCAAAGACAACGAGACGCAGUUUGGCGAGAUCCCCUGGAUGGUGGCCGUGCUGCACGUGGAGGAGGUGGGCGGCGAGGAGCGCAACUUCUUCGAGUGCGGCGGCUCGCUGAUUCACCCGCAGGUGGUGAUGACCGCCGCUCACUGCGUGCACGAACGGGACGCAUUGCAUCGCCUGCGUGUGCGCCUCGGCGAAUGGGACACGCAGCAGGAGAGCGAGCGCUUCCGACACGUGGACGUGAACGUGGCACGUGUUGCGGUGCACGAGGAUUUUCGGCCGCUACGCCUCAGCGACAACGUGGCGCUGCUCUUCCUGGAGGAACCCGUCGAGCUGCAGGAGCAUAUCGACACGCUGUGCCUGCCCGACCCGGAUGUCGUAUAUGACCAGGCCGAGUGCAUCGCCACCGGUUGGGGCAAGGACGCCUUCGUGGCCGGCCAGUUCCAGACCGUACUGAAGCAGAUCGAGCUGCCGCUCGUGCCGCACGCCGCCUGCCAAGCUGCGCUGCGCAAAACCAGGCUGACAAAUUACUUUGUGCUGGACCGCUCUUUCAGAUGCGCCGGCGGUGUGGGCGGCCAGGACACGUGUACCGGUGACGGCGGCUCGCCGCUGGCCUGUCGCGACCCGCGCGACCCCGACCGCUACAUCCAGCUCGGCGUCGUCUCUUGGGGCAUCGGCUGUGGCACGGAAGGCGUGCCGGGCGUGUACGCCGAUGUUGCACAGCAGGUGCGCUGGAUCCGUGAACAGGCGGCCGCGGCUGGUCUGACCUUGUAGGAACGCCUCAGGAGCCGGCGUUGGUCUCCGAAGUGUGAUGCGACGUUGUGUUUUGAAGAGUGUUCAAACCUUGUAUGCACGGCCGUACUGUACGUGACGAACAAUUAUACACAAACC